AUGGCUGCAUAUCAGGAGGUUGUGAGCGACUUAUCCUGCCGGUGCAAUUACAACAGCCACACCGAUGCUGAAUCUUCGUGUACAGCCUCUUCAGUCGUGUCUGCGGAGAAUCUAUACCGUGUGACCUCCGAGGCGCAGACGCGUGUCAAGCAGGAAUUCGAGCCUGCAACCAUCCCUGCGUCUGCCGCGAGUGCUAGCGCUACCAGCUUCGCUUUGCACUCUCAUCAACUCUUGGGCUGGAAGACCAGUGAGGAUCAACCCCGGGUACCACUUUUCUGCAUCAACGCGCAAGGAUGGGACUGUCCCUUGACUACGCUGCUGGACACAGGAGCCAAUGUCACAGUGGCCCGAUUUUCGGUUGCGCAGCGUGGAAAUAUGCGCAUUUUCCCGCUGGAUCACCCAGUGCCGCUGCUCAAGUUCGACGGGGAAGAGAAAUCCAGUCACCAAUAUGCUCUUCAAGACGAGCCCAUUCUGGAAGUCUACGCGCGCCCUCAGGGGAACAGAGGGCUUCGGCCAUUGCCAGUGGUGCGUGACGAGAAUGCCGACUGCUGCACCAUCACGUCUGCUCUUUACAACACCUACCGAUUGGAUUUGACUUCGUACCCGCCGGAGGAUGACUAUUCAUGCCAUCACGCAUCCCACAGCGCAAGAGUCGGGCUGUACCUCAACCGAGGUAUGAUCACAUACCCGGUCGCCUUCUGUGUACUUGAGGGCAGCGAGAUGGUCGCAGUCAUGACUGGAAAAGAAAGCUGCUGGUCAAAGCAGGUGACAGGCAACCGCAUAGCCGCCAUUGUGUCGUUGAGGUCCCAAGAAGAAUUAGAAGAGUUGGAGCGCAAGCAGGCAGCAGACUUUGAGAUAAUGUUGAGAGAAUGUGAAGAAGAGAGCCAGCGUGAAGCAGCAGAGUUUCGGGCCAUGGACGAGAGAGACGCGGCGCUCCAACGGCAACGUCAACAAGCUCAGGUUCAGCAAGCUCAGGCUCAACAAGCUCAGGCUCACCGGCGUGCGCAGUAG